GUGAAAGUUCGUAGCUGGGCAACGGUGUUGGGUUGGGAGCCACGAUUUGAGAAGGAAAUAUGGGGGAAAAUCCAGAUUUCUCAGGCGCUUCGCAAGACAGCAAAGCCGAGUACAUACUUAGCAACGUUGCAGAGGUGGUUGAGAGGAUUUUGACAUUUAUACCGACCAAAUCUCUCCUCCGGAUCGCCAGUGUGUGCAGGCUGUGGAGGAACUGUGCUCGCAGGGUGCUGAGGACCCAGCAGAAGCUGACCUGGGUGUCAGCCUGCGGCCCGUCCGACUCGGAGGUCCAUGCCCUCUGCACCAGCCUGGCCGAGGAGGUGGAGAAAGUGUUUCUCCUGCCCAAAACAGUUCUUGCAAUGGUAGACAGUGACACCUUCAAUGGACAUGCAUUUUGCUACAGACAGAAUAAAGCGAGAAAAAGUCGCCACAGUCCAGACACGGUUGAGGAACUGAACCUGCUCUUCCCCAAAGGCUGUGACAUCAUGGGCAUUGCUACACCAGGCAUAGUCUUGACUCCCAGUGGUUCUUACUCCAGCCCUCCUGAGGAGCACCAGGAGGGGGAGGCAGGUUACGCCAUUAUGUUCCCCAGCAUGGAGGGCGUCCACAUCAAGCCCUUUCAUUUCUGCAAGAAAACCAUCUCCCCAUCUGCUCUGGUGGAAGCAGGACUAGUUGAUAACCCUGAGCUGCGUGUGGUACUGAUGUUUGUCUAUGAGGCAUAUAAGUCUGGGGCAGCACGUUUCCUCAACCAGGUGCUGGAGCCGCUUGCCAAGAGCAAAGCACUCAUCGCUGGUGGGCUUGUAGAAAGUGUCUUCUCUCCUCCCAGACAGUGCUGUGGCCAAGGUGCAUACGGUGUGGUCGGCCUGGCCUUGAGCGGCCCCAAGGUCCAGGGGGCGUCGGUGCUCCUAGAGCAGGACAUCAGCAGCCCCAAAGCGGCCGAAGCCACUAUCCGCCGGCUAAAGGCAGCUAAGAUUCCAGAGAGGAACACAUUAGGUUUCAUGUUCGCCUGCGUGGGGAGAGGCCACAACUACUAUAACAACCAGAGCAAUGUAGAGGCGGAUGCCUUCCGCAAAGUCUUCCCCAACAUCCCGCUCUUCGGCUUGUUCGGCAAUGGCGAGAUUGGCUGCGACCGAAUCGUUAAAGACGACUACACGCUAUGCGACACUGAAACGGACAGUCUGCAGCACGAAUACACCACAGUCAUGACCUUGGUCCAUCUAGGCUGACUGACUGACCUUUGGUGACAGUGGACAGACAGGCAGAAAGACACACAGUGCACCUGCAGGGACAAGCAGCUGGGAGCAAUCAACAUUCUGUGCUGCAUUACUCACAUCAUGACUCACUAAAUAUUGCUGUCCCCUUUUCUGCUCAUAAAGAACGAAAGCUGUUUAUGUAAUGGCAACAUUUUGGGAUUCACGCAUCCCUUGGAGACUGUGUGUAAACACACCUUCAUUUAAAAAAAACUGGUGAGUGUCACAAAGUUCUGACACCACAUUGAAAAGACAAUACUGAGAAUCUUUUCUGUCAUUCAUAUGUAAUAUAGCUGUCUUGUAACAUUUAUGUAUAUAUUUUCCCCCAAAUUACGCACGCAUUCAAGGCAUAUCUUACCAUUUGAUAUUACAUUCAUAGUUUGUUCACUUUGGAGUUAUGAAUAAUUGUGUAACCCAAACUAUUGUUAUAGUUCUUGAAACAAAAAAGGCACUUUUUGUUCACGUAUUUAAAAUAGAAGGGUGGUCCCUUUUCACAAAAUCAAGGCAAUCUUGAUUUGAAUGCUCUGCCCAGGUAGGCCGUUACCUGGUUUUGUUUGUCUGUUUUUACAUAUGGAAAAAACAUAACUUGUUAGCAUGAAUAUUAGAUCUUUUACACAGACUAUCCACCAUGGUUUCAGUUGGGAACAGAGAUUUCAGUCAGUAUCUUACAGAGUGCCUCUUUUUUUGUCUGCAUGUCAGGUCGUAUUUCCUUACUACCUACUUCCUACUGCCAACAGUUGGACUUAAUGGUCUCUUUGGCUCCCCAGGUUCUGCAUCUUAAAGGGAAAAUACACCACAAAACAGAACAUAGCUCAUUCCAGUGGUUUUGUGCCAUUCAAUCAAUUUCUUUCAACAAGAUACUGCUUUCUGGCAAAACUAGAAUUCACACAAUGAAGCAAAUAAUCUGUCAUCAGGAGACAUUCAUAGCAACUGCUCUAUUUACAGUGUAAGGGGAAACAGACUGGCAGCAAGUCUGCUGAGAACACCACAGUUUAGCCUUGGCUCUCCUACAAUUUCUAACUUUGGGAGGGAGUGCAGUGUUGCAGACUGAGGAUGAGCUGCCUAGGGUCAUAGGAAAAAUGUGCAAACAGUGUUUGGGUGCAUUUCUUUUAACAAGUUCUUAAUUUGAAACUUGAAGGGGAAAUACAGAUAGGACCCUUCUCUGCACAAACAGAGCUUUGUAAUAGGCAUUAUGGUUCAUAAUUUACAUUUCACAACUAUUGUGAAAACGUAGCUAUAAUGGAAGGGUCUUUUUGCUAAAAUCAAAAAUGGUACAAAGUAAUUUUGAAAUCGUGAUUGCCAUCUUCUGAAAUUAGAACUCCCUCUUUGCACAUUUCAAAUCCAGUGAGUUUUCUCAAGAAAGCCUUCAGCCGAAUAGUCCUGUCACAAAGCUGUUGGGUGUAACAUGAUUCACAUCUAGAUUCUUUGCUAGAUGGCCAUGUCAUUUUGUUAUGUCUUAGUUUUCACACACUGUGAAAAAUAUCCUGAGGAGAUAAAUGUGCAAUUUACAGAGAUUCAUUCCCUCUUUGGUGAAGCAUUUUGCAAGUCUGUUAACAAAAAAAACAAAACAAAACAAAACAAAAAAAAAAAAAGUAGCUGACAUAAGGUUCAGCUUAUCUGUACACACUGCAACCCUGGUUGUUGAAAGACCAGUUUUGUUUUAUGGUUAGGAUUUCUUUUUUUCUUUUUUUUUUUUUUCCUUUUUUUUUUUUUUUUUUUAAUCAUUAUUACUUCAUAGCUGUUUUUUUUUUUUUUUUUUUUUUUUUAAUCAAUUAGAAGCUCAUUUAAUUGUCAACAGUAUGUUCCUUCAGUGUAUUAUGCAGUCCACAGAGUCCCUUGCUCUUAUACCCUUACAAUUCUUACAGUUUUUGAAUGGGGGAUUAUUUGUAUUUUAAGCCUGUCUUGGGCUUGAUCGAACAAAAUGAUGUACAUGCACUUUUUCUAUAGGAUGUGCCAAAUUACAUCUUUCUAAAUUGCUCUCAUUUUCUCAAUAAAUGACUAUACACUGAA